UUCGCUCGUUCCGAGAAACAACGCGGAAGACCACGCAAGACCAUAGGAACAAGACCAACGCCAUGCGACUCCUCCUUGCGACCCAUCGCAGCAGCCCCCCGUUUGUUGUUUCUCCGCGCAAGAUUCUGGACUUUGUUGUCGUCGUUACAGCCAUUGCUUCCGCCCUUUGUUCGGUGCCAAUCACCCCGGCGCGGGGCGUCCGGGUUGGCGCAAGAGACCGAGCGGCCGGUACACGAAUUGGCCCACGCUCGGGUCCAACAAACGAACGGGAGCCACACCGGAGCUCCUUCUCGGAGUCGCCAACAACUACUGUGCCGCAAAGCGAUGGCCCUGGCCCUGGCGCUCGCAACCGCACGCCUUCCACGAUGCCUUCUCCGCUGCGAUCCAGCUAUGGGGCGGUUCCACCGACUCGGUAUUUCCACCGAGGCCGGAUUUUGAAAACAGCAGACGAUCUUCCAAAGUCCUCCGCCACGAUGAACCCUACCAGGCUUGGCGAUGUCCGUUUUGGCAGCAACAAAGGCGACAGCGAUAGCAACGACGAGAAAGACCCAAAAGAAGACCGAGAGCACGUGUCGUGCAAGGAUUUGCAAGACGAAGCCACCUUUCGUUACGGCUCGGAUCCUUCCAGGGACUGUGUCUGGGUGGCCGAAUACCCCAUCCGCCGGUGCCGAAAAAUCGAUCCGAUUCGAAACCAAAAGACUCGUGUGUUCUGUCCCUUGACCUGCCACAAAGAGUGCCGUGUUGUGGACAAAAUCAUUGACGAUUUUGUUAACAACAACAAUGUCACGGGGGGGAUCAACGGUACCGAUGUCGACACGCACAGCGCUGCUCCAAGUGGCACUCCAACGGUGUCCUUUUUCCCCUCCGAGGAUGCCUCACUAGUUCCCACCGCGAUAGACGAGGGCGUUAAUGACGUCGUCGAGGAGGAUGUGUUCGAUCCGUCUUUGUCGCCGUCUACCCUCCCAACUACGUACAUGCCGUCCCCGGGUCUGUUUGCCACGGCUGCACCCACGGUUGAGGACGACAAGAGAAACGUCAGCCUCGUAACUUCCAACAACCGGGAACAAACAUUUGGAACAACCAAAUGGAUUCUAUUGGGUGUUUUCAUGGUUUUGGUCCUUGGAAUCUUAGUGGGAACAGCGGCAGCCCAAUGCUUCCGCUGCUCCUCCAAGAGACGAACACGGCGACGACGAAUCCAACCAAACUCGAACAAGGAGAGGGCACCCAAUUUCCGAAGGAGGAAGAAAAAGGAUCGGGCCGAUGGGCGGCAGCAGCAGCAAGAACAAUCGCCUCCGGUCCGGACGACAGACCGGGGGGGCGGUUCGAUUGGUUCCACGGACAGCUGCAGCUGCUACCUGCAGGACGACUAUGGUGUGGAGGUCGAUUACGACGUUCACGACUGCUGGUCCGUGAGCGUCGUGUCGGUGCUUCCGCCGCCGCCGGUGGAAGACGUGGACCUCGGGUCGGAGCCUCCCGGGGAGGAAGGACAAUCCGAGCACCGGCGGCCGCCGGUGGAAGACGUGGACCUCGGGUCGGAGCCUCCCGGGGAGGAAGGACAAUCCGAGCACCGGCGGCCGCCGGUGGAAGACGUGGACCUCGGGUCGGAGCCGAUCGGUUUCGAAACCCGUGGCCGCAUGUGCUCCUUUUGAUCGGAACGAACGAAUGGCUACGGCAGCAUCGCAUCCGUCUCCCGAUUUGUCGUUCCGAACUCGAUUCAGCGCUCCGAAUCGCGGAGUAAACACAAGAUAAGAAU